AGGACAGAGGAAUAGUGCUGGGAGGCAGUGACGGCUUGGGAAAAAUGAGAGCUGGGGCUAAAGGGCACAGCCUUUCCCUGCAGCUCCCACUCCAGCACCACUGUGCUCCCCCCAGCCCACAGCAGCCCCCAGCAGCUGCAGCCCACUGCUCCCACCCCUGCCACCCCCUGCCCAUGGGUCGGAGCCUCCUCCAGGAAACUUCAUGAGGUGGUUUGGCAGGUGCUGAUGGGUGGCAGACGUGAACACUGAGCUAUGUGGAAUGAAGUGGCUUCAUAUACUGGGGCGCAACACGUGCAUUUGUUUUUCUGCCUUGGUAAGCAAGGUGAGGGCUUCCUGCAGCAGAGAGGGCAUUUCCCUCAUGCUGCGAAAAAACCCAAGGGCCUGAAAAUUGAGUUGUGCCCUGGGAGCAGGGCACUGGCAGGCAGUAGCAAGCCCUGACGGAGGCUUUUUACCUGCCCCUCCCACUUCGUUCCUCCUGAGAGAGCUGCCAGGAGAGAGAUCCCUGGGGAGAAGGUCAUGCCACCACCUGUACCCCCACUCCCACCCUCUCCCAGCAACCACAUUUUGUUGAGGGUUGGUGGAGGCAAUGCAAAUCAACUUUUCCAAAGUGGCAGUGGCAAAGCUUGUAUAACAGGGAAAAAAAACAGGCUGCAGUAAGUAUUUCUGAUUAUUUUCUGAUAGCCUCCUGUUUCCCACAGGUAUACAUUUGUAGAAUAUUUUGUAAGUGAUUUCUUUAUGAUGUGACUAAAUGUAAUUUGUGUUUUCAAAGGGAAUUACAAAUCAAAAACAAUGAAAGGGCUGGAAUCUUGAGCUUUUAAAAGUAGCUACUGCAUAUCAACAACAGCUACUUUUGAUCAAUAUCUUUUGCUAUGCACUUUGUGGAAUGGCUACAGGAUACACAAAUGAGCAUUGUAAUUAAACUCCCAUAAUGUGCAUCAUAAUGCUCUGGGCUCCAAAUGAUCUGCUCUGACUUACACUUGGAAGAAUCAUUAAGGUUUCUAUCAAAACUGAGCACAUUUUAUCCAUUCCCUUAGUGCACUGAUGAAUAUAGUAUCAAUCGCACUUUUUCUCUCACUGAACUGUAUUAUUCCUUUAGUUUUCCUUCCCUUACUUUCUUCAUUUUUGUGGUCUCACCAGUGUCAAAGAAACACAGUAUUGAAUAGGAUCAGAUGUGACCACCUUCAAUUCAACAUGCAGGAUGCAUUUGCACCCAGCCUUUACUAAUAAGGAAAUUACAGAAAAGCACAAGGAGAUAAAAAAUUGACAAAAGAAAAAAAGAAAAUCUAUUUCUCCUUGGAGAGACAAAAAAGGAAAAAUAUACUAAUUGCAUUGGGUAGGUAUUUUGUGGAGCUGGUGCAGUUGGUCUUACAAUAAACUGAUUUGUUUACUAUAUAAACUGAUCAUACACUAUAAAUAUUUAAAUUUAUAUUUAUUUUACAAAAUCUGAUUCUACCUAUCAGAGCACAGUGCCAAGUAUUUACCUUAAAAAGGUACUUCAUAAAAAUUCACAUCCAGCAGACAUGUAGAGGUCUAACUAUAAUUAAAUCUCCAAAAGUGGCCAUCCUCCUGCUUCUGUAUAAGAACAAGUGUGUCCUUUCUGGGUUGCAAUCAAUAGCAGGUUACCUGAUUAUACACCUUAUUAUGUCAUGUAUAGUAGUGUGAGCCACUGGAGGGUGACAUGUGAACAAAUAGAUUUGCUUGAUCAGAUCUUUUCAAGAAACACACCUUACAGGAGAGAGAAAAACAAUCAGUGUGUGUUAUAGGUUACCGAUUUACAAUUUACAUCAUAAAUCAAUGUCUGAUUAUUUUAAUGCAAAAUGUUUUUAGCUUCAUUUUAUUGCACUAAUGGUUUCAAUAACACACUAUAAUUUGCUCAGAUAGAGCAAUUGAAGAGGUGAUUGGACAGCUCUUACAGAAAUUUUUAAUUACUGUCAUUAGUGGCUGCAAUCUUAUUCUUUUCUAUGGAGCUAAGAUACAGGUUAUUGCAUUGUGCCACGAGUGCUCUGUGGCCAUGAGAAUCCAAACUCUCCCUUUCUUCUGAAAUGCUUGCUUCUAUAAAUAUGUGUCUGCACAGGUCUCAUCACAAUAAUUACUAGCAUCACACAAACAUUAACUAAUGUACCCACAUGCUCUUUUAGGCAGGUGUGGUGGUACAUCCCCAUCCUUGGGCUGUGCUAUGACCUCAGAAAUACUCAUUAGGCCUCGACCUUGACAAACAGCACCUGGGCUCAGCUUUGAUUGAGCUUAUCAGAAACACUGUCUGCUCCUAGGGACUUAUGCUGCCUAGUGAGCUCCUAGUUUUUAAAGAACAGUCUUGAAAAGUGACUUUUCUUGCCUGAAAAACAACCCAACUGGAAUGAUAUUUUUAUCAGACUUUCAAAGAAAAGUACUGACCCAAAGUGAGGCCAGAAUGAAAAAUUACUAUGACUAAAGCCAACUGUCUUGCAAGCCUAUAAACAGCAGUCCUAAGUGAGAUCCUUUGAGCUCUCCUGGACCACAGCAGGCUAUGACCAGCAUCUCCCUCUGAGUGAGAUGCCUCUCAGAGCCAGAGAACUCUCAAGUUUGCUGUACUUGGAGGACCCACAACCGAACACUAACAAUGGAGCCUGGGCUGAUACCCCCACUCCUCGAGGCUCAACCUAUUGAGAAGAUGCAAAGGCAUCUGACGUGAGUACUUCACUAAAUUCAAGAGGAAUUUUUCAAGUGUAUGUACAAAUCUUGUACAUACUCGUUUAAGUCUGCGUGUGUGUGAGUGUGAAUAUGCCAUAGAAAAUGUAGUAUGCUCUCCUAGAUUCCUAAGUAUCCUAGAUUCAUAAGGAAUUUAGGCCUGUAAUUGAGUUGCUGUUGAGCUAUAGAAAAUUCUAUAAGAAUCUUUUCUUAAAUUGUGUACAUUAAGCUAUCAAUUAAGCGCUGUUAAGUUUAAGUGCUGUUAAAAACUUUUAGGCCUAAACUGUUGUUCAAGUCUGGGGCUAAGUUUGACAAGGAGAUAAAACUACUCUGAACCUUGUGACUCAGUGGGAAUGUCUCCCUUAUUCCUUUUUAUCCUUAGCCUUUCUCAUCCUUACCCUUCUUCCGUGUAGAAAAUUUUUGGUUGAUUUUAGUUUUAGAUUGAUUGAUUUUAGAUUUCAGUACAAUUUUUCUCUGUGUGCUUUAACCAUGUAGUAAGUAGAAGAGUAAACAUUGCCAACGAACUUUGUCGUGCUUUCGCUUUUAUAUUAAACCUGCUUUUCCCAAUACCUUUGCCACUGAUUCUCUGAGUAUCCUGAAACACUCAUUCACAACAGCAGGUAAAAAUGUACUGCUACAAUUUGAGGGGAAAAAAAAAAGGAAAAGGAGCAUAAAGUAUGUUGUCCAUAGUUAAGAUAGGAAGUGUGUAAGAAAGCCAGGGACAGGGCAGCAGGAGUCCAGCCUCCAGAGAGAAAAGUUGUGUUACAAUGCCAACAGCCAAAAUCUGCGGGGUGACAUGGAGGACAUGGCUUGUCCUUCCUCCCAGCAGACCAAAGGUCACAUUUAUUGCUUCUGACAAUGGAGCUAUUGUUGGAGCUCCAUGUUCUUGCUACUGCUUGAAGCUCCUAAUAUGUAAACAACUUUGAUUCCCCCAGAUGGAUGCAGAAAGUGUUGCACAGUCGAUCUACUUCAUGUCCCUCUGUAAUUUCAGCCCAUUCCCUUAGCACAUCUUCCAAGGGCUGCUACCAUGCACUGACAACUCAUUUCAAGGACAGACAAGAACUUAACAGACUAUUUUCUUGGAAACAUUUGAUAAAACAUCCUGAGGGAUGAGCUCAUUGGUAGCACCAGGCAGGCCAUGCAGGCCCCAGACUGGGGACUGAACAGGCAGAGAUGUUCUCUUCCACUCACAUUAGCCUAAUUUAAGUGUGGCUGAAAAUUAAAUGCUCACCUGGCUUCAGCUUUGCAGUUCUUCAGUUAUUGUUAAUAGCUAGAUGUAGGACAGUGGUGCUGCCUAUAUCUUGACAAACACAGGGAAACUUUUUCCAUCACGGUAAAGCCAGUUGGUAAGUUUGUUCUGCCUAUCCACUAAAGGCAUGUGGGCCCUGCAGGGCAGAGCAGUGGCAUGAAGGGCACGAAGAUGAAAACAGGAGAAAUCACGGUGGCACAGGUCACAACAGCCAUCACCUGAGUUACAGAUCUUCAUUUUUUCGUACCCUUGCUGUGUGCUGUAGGAAGGGAAGCCCCUGCCCUUCAUGUACUUCCAAUUUCUCUUUUCCCUUUCCUACUCCCUUCUCCCCAGUCCUCUGUAGAGUGUAAGCUGACAUACUCAAUUUACAAUAAAAUAAUUAUUUUUCACAUAUUAGAAAAAGAGCUGAAAAUACAGUUUACAAAAUGUCCUGUCCAGAUUCACCACAAAGUCCCUGCUCUGGCCUAUUAAUUUUAAAGCCACUUGACCACAUACGUAAUUUGAAGAUUUGAACAAUGCUGUUUGCAUUAAGCAUAAAAUGGAAAAUUAACUGCAGUCUGAAGUUAGUACCAUCAGUGCUCCAUAACAUUUCAUAUGAUGCUCUUAAAACCUGUGAAGGUUGGCUACUUUUCUAGUAAAAUUCUGAUAAUAGUGAUUCAAGAUGUUAAGGCUGUUACUGUUGAUAAACUGGAUCUCUUCUUCUGUGUAAGUAAAUUAGUAUUGGUAGCUUUCUUGUUCUGAAAGAAGUAAAACUACAUCAAAAUUCAGAAAACACCCCCCUCUUCCCAGCUGAGCUGUCUUGUUUGGAAACCGUCUGGGUGGCAAUCCUCCACUAGUGUGGAUUUAGAAGAAUGGAGUGUGGUCAGGUCUCUGGAGAACCUAUUUAGUUCAUCUGCCUUUGUGCAUGUGCUGAGAAGCCAGCAGUGCAGCGCCGAGGUCGUUCAGGAAAGAACUUCACAGCCUUCCGAAAUACAAAACUGAUUCCCAUGGAAACAUCCUCGUCCUCUGAUGACAGUUGUGACAGUUUUGGUUCUGAUAAUUUUGCAAACACAAAACGCAAAUUUAGGUCGGAUAUUGGGAAAGAACUGGCAAAAAUGUUUCAUGAAGCCUCUGAUGAUGAAUCUUCCUGUGGCUUUUCAGGAAAUGAGGUUCAAGAUGCAUUGAAACUGGAAUCGGAUUCAGAGGAGAAUGAUACAAGUGCAGAAAGUGAGGUAGCUCAGAGAGGGCAGAAAUGCUCUAUUCCUCUAAAAGUAGCCAUAAGGUUUCCACUUCGAAGAUCGGAGAGGAGGAAGGGUGAGACAGAACCUGUUCCUGAAACACCAAUGCCUGAUUCGGAUUCAGACUCUGACGCUGAAGACAAGGGGGCCAUGUUUUUAGAAAAAAGAGCUUUAAACAUAAAGGAAAACAAAGCAAUGCUUGCAAAACUAAUGGCUGAGUUGCAAAAUGUUUCUGAUAUCUUUGGUGGGAGAAAAUCAUUGCCAGCUGUCAGUCAUCAGGGACCAAAGCGACUUCCAAGGCGUUCAUCGCCCAGAUGUGCUUUGAGGAGGAACCCAGACCGGAGUUCUCGGCCUCACACAAGGUCCAGGUCCUUGAUUGAAGGUCCUCCUACUCUUUUACCAGAAGAGGAGGAAGAUGACCGGUACAUCUUGGUGAGAAGAAGAAAGAUACCUGAUGAAUACCUGGAGCAUGAAGCCCGAUCUCCCAGGAGAGGUCACCGUGGUGCCAUGGCUUUUCCACACAUUGUGCGCCCAGUUGAGGACAUAACAGAGGAAGAGCUCAAUAAUAUUUGUGGAUCUGCAAGAGAAAAAGUAUAUAACAGGGCCAUGGGAUCCACCUGUCAUCAGUGUCGCCAAAAAACCACGGACACCAAGACAAACUGCCGUAACCCCGACUGCGUGGGAGUACGGGGCCAGUUCUGCGGGCCCUGCCUCCGCAACAGAUACGGGGAGAGUGUCAGAACAGCCCUGCUGGAUCCGACAUGGAGGUGCCCACCAUGUCGUGGAAUCUGCAACUGUAGCUUCUGCAGACAAAGAGAUGGCCGAUGUGCAACAGGUGUCCUGGUUUAUCUGGCCAAGUACCAUGGCUUUGACAAUGUCCAUGCCUAUUUAAAAAGUCUGAAACAAGAACUUGGAAUGGAAGAUUGAAGCCAUGACUGCCUCUAAAUUUCAUACUCUUUCACCAAUGUCAUAUUAUUGCCUACAGUGAAUUGUUUAAUCAAAUGAGAUUACAAAGUGCCUUCCUUCCCUCCCCUUUUGGGUAAAAAAAGGAUAAAAACUUUCAUUUAUUUCAGCAUAAAUCAUACUUAAGAAAACUGUUUAAUGAAAGUCUUCACCCACAGGCCAUUGUUUUCUCUUUAAACAACUUUGCAAUAGAGGUAGUAUCAGUAUCAGUCCUUCCUUUCAUGAUAGUAACUUUUUUCCUGAAAGGAGAUGGGUCUUUAAGCCAUUAGUUUCACUCAUGCAACAAUCUGUGCUGCAGGCUUACUUAUGCUUUGAAAUUGGUCCCAAAAGGGUAGAGAUGUUCUGAAAACUCAGGGCACUUUUCUCCACAGAACCAAGCAACCAACUUCUGCAAUACAGGCACUUACUGGACAUUAAUGAUCAAUUAAUUUAGAAUUCUCUAAAACAACAGCAUGUUCUUAAGUUCAAAAGGAAAAUCCUAAAAGCUGCAGCCAAGUGGUCUCCAAGCACUAAUUUUUUGGUUUUACAGAGUACUAAAAGUGCACAUUGGCCAUUUCAAGGCAGAUUCUCUGAGUCACUUAAAAAUGCAGCAGAAGCAGUUUGAGGUGGCACUUUGUAUUUUUUGUUUAGAUGAGAGAAGGCCACUGCUGAAAGCUUCUACAGCACUAGCAUUGCCUGUUGGUGACAAUGAUGUGAACGUACUGGUAUACAUUACAGAGUGACCACUGUCUGAAACAGAAUGUACCCUUUGUUAAAUUGCUGUUUUGGUUGAGUCUUCUCCUUGCUCUUGCUACAACUGCAGAACUGCUUUGCAGAAUCAGCAAUGGUCCUGGGAAGGAGGGAUGCCUCCAGACCAGGGCUUGGCUGAGUAGAGGGGUAGUGGUUCAUGUGGCUAUUGGCCAGCUACAAGUGGCUGAAAGGUGGUAACUUGUUCAAUUUGUCAGGAAAAGCAGCAAUGCAUGUUUCUGUCUCCAUGUGAUUGUGGAAGGCUAUUUCACAUGAUAUUUAUGAAACAAGUACAGCAGAAACGGAGCUGAAGAAUUCCAAUAUGCUGUGUGCAUGGUGUCUCCUGGACGCUGCUGUAGAAAAGAAGGCGCCACGAAAAUUGCAUCCAGAGAACCACAAAGUGUAAAUGUGCUUAGUUUGGUUAUGGAAACUACUGUGUAAGCUUUGUGUAAGGUUCAGAAUGCAGUGUUACAAAUAAUGUACAGUUGAAUAGUAGAAGAAUCAACAUGGGUUUAGACUUUUCUGCUUAUGGAGUACUUGCUCUGUGUGUAUACAUAAUGAUCCACAGUUUAUACCUUUCUGAGAGUUGCAUAAGUGUGUGUGGGAGGGGAAGAGAGAGGAAUUUAGAAACAAAGGAUAUUUAUGUCUCAGUCUUGCAGUUACGUUUCAUAAAUCAUUUCUCCUAUUGAAAAUCUCCUGUCCUCUCUUGAUGUGUUUUUAUAGUGUGAAUAGCUCUGCAAUCUGAGCUGGAGAGUGCUCUUCCCUCUAGGUGCAUUUUGUGAAGAAGGAGCUCAUUUUAGAAAUACAUGUUCUGACCGAUAAAAGUUUUUUGGUUUUUGGUGGUUUUUUUGUUUCCUCCUAAUUGCUUGGCUUUCCUUCUGAUUGCUAGAGUGUGAAAGUACUGUGCUAAAAGCAAACCCUUGUGCCAUAUUGCAGAGACUGCUGUAUUUAGAUUUACUCAGAUCUACAAUGUUCUGUACAACAUUUUUUAUUUUGAGAAUAAAAAUUUUCAGGUUUAGAAUUUUUUUGCCUCUGAACUGUUCUUAAAAAGCCUGUUAGACCUGCACUUACAUUUUACCACCUUUCAGGUAAACUUAUUUUGGGAAAUAAAGGAGUUGGUUUCUUCCAUCGUGCCUGGGGGAGCAGUGGAACUUGGACAUCUUAUUCUCCCCAGCCCUGUGUCCCUGAACCAGGCUUGCUCUUAUAUUUAUGCUGCUUGGAUUGAAUUGCUUGGUACCUGGUGAAUAACUUGUGAUGGUUGAAAUACAGUCUUUCUUCAGCCGAGAUACAGACUUUAGGCAGGCUUCCUUCCAGGUAGAAUUGAUCGAGCUCUGAUUGUAAGGAUGGCAGACAAUUCUGUUACAUGAAAAAAAUAAACCAGAAGUCAUGGUAUGAUCGGGAUGG